AUGCUCACGCCAACACGGUGUACCAUUGCUUGUACGCGUACUACAAGUUUGGCUACUCGAAGAAACACCGUGCGCGUAUCUUCAACAAGUCGGAACGGGCCAUUCGCAACUGGGUGA